AAAUCUGUUUCUCAGAUUUGCUGUGUUUCUUUGAAUUUGGGGAUUUCCUUUCACUUAAUCUUCCCUUUCCUGCAAGUUCUUUGGCUUCCCACUUACUAUAUUUACAACAUCUAUAGUUACUAAACCAAAUAAAGACUCCUGGUCUGACAAUUGGACAAAAUAUUUGAAAACACAGAUGUCCUUGAGUCAUGUGGUUUCACUGCCUGUAUUUCACCCCUUUCUCCUAAAUCUCCUUCCUUUGAAAGUCAGAUGAUCUAGACACCUAGAAACAGAACUAAGAUGGGUGGGUGCCGGAUAUGUUGUUUUAUUAUCUGACAUUUGCCAGGAACAUCUUUUCGGUGGAGGGGGUGGAGAAAAUUUUACAUCUGUGUCUGUGCUGCAAAAAACACACAGGCAGGGACACACCCACUUGGAAACAAGGCUUGGAAAUGGGAGGGAACAAGAACCGGAGGUACCCUCCUCCAAGGGGCAGGAGUCAGCUAAUAACUACCCAACGUGCAGGAGCACUCACCCUGCACUGGAGGCAUCAGAGACAAGACCAGAGCCUUGCUUUUCUAAUGGGGUAAAUAAGCCAAACAUCUGGAGUAAGCCGCUGUCAGGAGAGUCUUAUCAGCUAUCGGCCUUGCAGGUGGUGGUGCCAGGGAAGGUGGAGUGUGCCAAGCUGCUUGCCAGGGACCACCAGGUGACACCGAGCCUGUGGAGAUGUGUUCCAGCUCUUUCCUCUGUGCAUGCCAGCUCCUCCUGUUGAAAACAGCUAAGCCUGCUGUUGGAUUUCUUAAAAUUCUGGCACCAGAGGGACUUCUCUAGGGACAAACUGACCUCACAGGAAGAACUUUAUUUCCGAGAUCCUGGCAGGUUUUGUUGCCUCUGGACUGCUUUUUUGCGACAGUUCUUAGGAAGUACGAGUCUCUCCCAUAUCGGCAUCUGUCCGUGUUUGCCAGACUGAGGAAGACCUGGUAAGGCCCUAUUCCUGGAUGUCCUGAACAGCCUGAACCCUGAAGCUGCUCCUCUUGCUUCCAAAGGCAUUUUUUAGUUAUCGGGACCAUAGACACACUGGAAGCAGCCAGGAGGAAAUCAAGAGAAAAGCUGAAGUUUUCAAUAUUCAAAAAAGACUGCGGUGGUGGUUGAUGUAGAGGACACUGAGUCCACUGAAGAGCUUUGUAAUUGUUGCACUAAUUUGUUUUGUCUCUGUGGCCCGGCCAGGGAGGGAUCAGUACAUAUCUGGGGCACAGAGGGGAAUAUACGUGAGAUCCUCAGAGGCCAUUUUGCUUAGCCCUGACUCACCCCGACUCUCCAGUGAAGCAGAAAGGAGGAACAUCACACCAGCCUUUAACCAUUAUUGCGAAUCCCCAAGAGUUAUUACACAGUCCCUCCCCAAAUAUACAUUUAACCUUAGUUGUGGUUCAACUAAAACUACUGGCUCAAGGAAAACUGUAAAAGAGGAGAUAGGAUGAGGCGGGAAGAGGAAGAAGAAGAGAGAACCAGGAUUAAGGCGAAAGGGGACUUAGAGAUGAAGGAGGAGGAGGAAAUUGGUGAAAAAGGAGAACUAGUUGGCCCUUUUGUGAGUGCCGUGCCCCAUAACAAGGGGGCCCGGGUUUCUGAGGCAUGGGAAUAUUUUCACCUGGCCCCUGCUCGUGCUGGGCACCAUCCCAACCAAUAUGCCACCUGCCGCCUGUGUGGCAGGCAGGUGAGCCGUGGCCCUGGGGUUAACGUGGGCACCACAGCUCUGUGGAAGCAUCUGAAGAGCAUGCAUAGAAAAGAGCUGGAGAGCGGCCAUGGUCAGGCAGGGCAGCACCAGGACCCAAAACCCCCAGGGCCCCCGCUCACACUAGGUAUCGAGGGCGACUGGGCCAGGAUCCUGGAGCAGGUGGGUGCCUUGGCAUUAUGGGCCAGCCAAAGAGAAAAGGAGGUUCUUAGGAGGGAGAGGGCAGUGGAAUGGCGGGAGAGGGCUGUGGAAAGGAGAGAGCGAACUCUGGAGGAGGUGGGAAGGGCCAUGCUGGAGAUGAAAUGGAAGAUGAAGGCUGAGAAAGAGGCCUGCCAGAGGGAGGCAGACAAGCCUGCAGUAGCUCAUCCCUUCCAUUUCGUUUAAAUCGGGCUUGGGGAAAUCUAUUUUAAAAACACCAAAUUUAGACUCAUAGCAAAGAGCCAUUUUAGUUUCAGCUUAAAUAUAUAUAGCAAAGCAAUUUAGUGGGAUUUUUUUUUUAAGAGAAAAAGUACAUAGUAUAAGUUAAUCUCAGCAGUUCUGAAUUGACCAAAUGCUUAUCUAUAGGGUUUCUGGAGUAGUACUGACCAAAACUUUAAAAUGUACUAACCAAAGAUAAAUGUUUUGCCAUCAUGGGUCUGUGAGUUGUUCUGGGGUAGAAUGUACCAGCCUGUCAGGACUGAAUAGUGAAAAUAGUAGGGUUUAUGUCUCGCACUUGGUUUUGGUGAAGCUAAAGGUUUUGACGGUUGAGGCUGGUCGGGAAGCUAGAAUGUGCCUAGGUGACUAGCUCACUCUAAGAAACUCCAGGAGCAGAGCUUAGGCUGCCUGAGACACAGGAGUUUGCACACACGCUGGUAAUGAUCUGAGAAUUGGAUACAACGCUCGUUCUGUGGAAUCCAGCAUUGGAAGGACACAGAAGCUUGAGCCUGAGAUCUCCAGGCUCUUCCAAAGUUUAUCUUUCUCUCAUUGUUGCAGUGUUGUACCAAACUGCUUAUAGUAAAGCUGUUUUAUCACUAUAA